CUCAAUCCUGCGGACUAUAAAAUGGUGGAGAUGGGAUUCGCAUCCAAGGCGAUUACAUCAUUUCCUAAAACUUCAGGAAUGGACCUCAGUGGCCGAGUUGUCGCUGUAGCAGAUGAUGUAGCAGAUGUCAAAGUCAAAGACGCUGUGAUGGUGCGCCUGGACCCUAGAAAAGCACAAGGCUCGCUGUCUCAAUACGUUAUCGCCGAAUACAAUGGUUACGCUGUCUUGCCAGCUGAUUUCGAUCUGGAUCUCGCCGCAGGCGCACCGACAACCGCUUUGACAGCAUACCAGACUAUAAAGCCUUAUGUCCAAGCCGGCGCCAAAGUCUUUAUUAACGGUGGAUCGGGAGGUGCGGGUACCUGUGGCAUUCAAAUCGCAAAAGCCCUUGGUUGCCAUGUGACUACUUCUUGUUCUACUGCGAAACGAGAGCUCUGUGAGCGGCUAGGAGCAGAUGAGAUCAUCGAUUACAAGGCUGGCGACAUUGUUACACAGUUAAAGCAGAAGGAGAUCACCUUUGAUCUGAUCGUCGAUAACGUCGGCUCAUCCCUUCCAGACCUCUACCAAGAGUCUCGUCACUACCUUAAACCGGAGGGGGCCUUUGUUCUCGUCGGAGGAUCUGCAUCUCUGAGCAGUAUUAAGAACGUCAUGAAGGCCAAAUUUACGCCUUCAUUUUUGGGUGGAGGUAAAGGCAAAUUCAUAACUUACAUAACGGAAAAUAACCACGACGACUUAGCUCAAAUAACAAAGUGGUUAGGCGAGGGAGUGAUCAAGACUAUCAUUGACUCAACGUUUGAGUUUGAAGAGGCCCUGGAGGCCUACAAACACCUUAAAAAGGGCUCAGCCGGUGGAAAAAUCAUUGUUCAUGUCGCCAGCAAGGCAUAGAUUAUUGCUUGCCACAGCACUAUAGUUGUCCGGCGCG